GCCGUACUGCUCUCUCUCCGUUCAGAUUAUUCUUCCUCUCAGAUCGAUUUUUUUAAGCUACAAUCAUGCAGAACGAGGAAGGAGUCGUCACAGAGCUUUACAUUCCGAGAAAAUGCUCGGCUACAAACAGAUUGAUCACAUCAAAGGAUCACGCAUCUGUUCAGCUUAACAUUGGUCAUCUUGAUGCUGAUGGUAUCUACACUGGUCAGUUCACCACACUUGCCCUCUGCGGUUUUGUUCGUGCUCAGGGAGACGCAGACAGUGGCGUCGACAGGCUUUGGCAGAAGAAGAAGGUGGAAGCUAAACAACAGUGAGAUUAGAGAUAAUCUAUAAGCUGCUACCUACCCUCUUUUGUUGUUUUUUUUGGCAUGUUUCCUUGAAUUUUCUCUAGCUACGAACUAGUAUCUUUUGUUUUCUGAUCUAUGAAAGAUAUUGGUAUUGAAUCAGUCCUUGCAUUUUAACUACAUUCUCUUAAUUAAAUACAAACGCCAACUCAUUCAGCUUCAGGAUGCAACAUCAACG